GCGGGAGGCGCCGAGCCGGCCUCGGGAGAGGAGGAGGAGGAGGAGGCGAGUCGGGGCGCGGGGGGCCCGGGAGCCGCCGUCCCGAGCGCCCGGGACGCAGGAGGGCCGCCGGACCCCGGGGGGCGGCGCGCAGAGGCACUCGCCCAGCCUUCAGCUCGGGGCCUGGCCCCUCUCCUGAGCCCCCAGACGCAUCUGUUCGGGCACAAGGAAUGCCGGCAGCUUUCAGGGCGCACACAGGGGCUCCUGAGCCAAGCGGGGAGGAUCGGCAGUUCCCGGCUGGGCCCAGCCCCGGGACGUCUCAGGGAUCAGGCUGAGAGCCGUCCAGAGUUCACAGGAUGGGGCGGGAGCAGGACCUGAUCCUGGCGGUCAAGAACGGAGACGUGAGUGGCGUGCAGAAGCUGGUGGCCAAGGUCAAGGCAGCAAAGACAAAGUUACUCGGCUCCACCAAGAGAUUCAAUGUCAACUACCAGGACGCUGACGGAUUCUCUGCACUCCACCAUGCUGCCUUGGGGGGCAGCCUGGAGCUCAUCACUCUGCUGCUGGAUGCCCAGGCUACUGUGGACAUCAAGGACAGCAAUGGCAUGCGCCCACUGCACUACGCGGCCUGGCAGGGCCGGCUGGAGCCCGUGCGGCUGCUGCUGCGGGCGGCCGCGGCCGUGAACGCCGCCUCGCUGGAUGGGCAGAUCCCGCUGCAUCUGGCCGCCCAGUAUGGGCACUACGAGGUGUCGGAAAUGCUCCUGCAGCAUCAGUCCAACCCCUGCCUCCUCAGCAAAGCCAAGAAGACGCCCCUGGACCUGGCCUGUGAGUUCGGCAGGCUCAAGGUGGCGCAGCUGCUCCUGAACAGCCACCUCUGCGUGGCGCUGCUGGAGGGUGAAGCCAAGGACCCAUGUGACCCCAACUACACCACACCCCUGCACCUGGCCGCCAAGAAUGGCCACCGGGAAGUCAUCAGGCAGCUCCUGCGUGCCGGCAUCGAGAUCAACAGGCAGACCAAGACGGGCACGGCGCUGCACGAGGCCGCACUCUACGGCAAGACUGAGGUGGUGCGCCUGCUCCUAGAGGGCGGGGUGGACGCCAACAUCCGCAACACGUACAACCAGACGGCACUGGACAUUGUCAACCAGUUCACCACCUCGCAGGCCAGCCGGGAGAUUAAGCAGCUGCUGCGGGAAGCCUCCGGGAUCCUGAAGGUCCGCGCACUCAAGGAUUUCUGGAACCUGCACGACCCCACGGCCCUCAACAUCCGGGCGGGGGAUGUGAUCACGGUCCUGGAGCAGCACCCGGACGGCCGCUGGAAGGGCCACAUCCACGAGAGCCAGAGGGGCACGGACCGCGUGGGCUACUUCCCCCCGGGCAUCGUGGAGGUGGUCAGCAAGCGGGGGGGCCUCCCUGCAGCCCGCCUCCCCUCCGCGCCCACCCCCCUGCGCCCAGGCUUCUCGCGGACCCCUCAGCCCCCUGCCGACGACCUCCUGCACCCUCUUGCCUACGGCCCGCGUGGGGGCCUCAGCCCAGACAGCCCAGCAGGUGACAGGAACAGCGUGGGCAGCGAGGGCAGCGUGGGCAGCAUCCGCAGUGCCGGCAGUGGACAGAGCUCCGAGGGCACCAGCGGCCACGGCACUGGCCUCCUGAUUGAGAACGCCCAGCCGCUGCCCUCGGCCGCAGAGGAGCCAGCACUGCCCGCACUGCACCCCUCGCUCCUGGCAGACACCCCGGGCCAACGACCUCCCGCUGGCCACCGCCCCGGGGAUCAGCCCUUCACCCAGGACGUGAGGCCGGAGCAGCUGCUGGAGGGGAAAGAUGCACAGGCCAUCCACAACUGGCUCAGCGAGUUCCAGCUGGAGGGCUACACCGCCCACUUCCUGCAGGCCGGCUACGAUGUGCCCACCAUCAGCCGCAUGACACCCGAGGACCUGACGGCUAUCGGAGUGACCAAGCCGGGCCACCGGAAGAAGAUCGCCUCCGAGAUUGCGCAGCUCAGCAUUGCCGACUGGCUGCCCAGCUACAUCCCGGCUGACCUGCUGGAGUGGUUGUGUGCACUGGGGUUGCCACAGUACCACAAGCAGCUGGUGAGCAGCGGCUACGACUCCAUGGGGCUGGUGGCCGACCUCACCUGGGAGGAGCUGCAGGAGAUCGGCGUCAACAAGCUGGGUCACCAGAAGAAACUCAUGCUGGGGGUCAAGCGUCUGGCCGAGCUACGCCGGGGUCUGCUGCAGGGAGAGACGCCGGGUGAAGGUGGCCGCCGGCUGGCCAGGGGCCCAGAGCUGAUGGCCAUCGAGGGGCUGGAGAACGGGGAUGCGCCCCCGCUGGCAGCCGGCCCCCGCCUGCUCACCUUCCAGGGCAGCGAGCUGAGUCCCGAGCUGCAGGCGGCUAUGGCUGGGGGGGCCCCCGAGCCACUGCCCCUGCCCCCCACCCGCUCACCCAGCCAGGAGAGCAUCGGCGCCCGCUCACGGGGGUCGGGCCACUCACAGGAGCCGCCAGCGCCCCUGGCCUGUGGGGGCAGCUCCAGCAGCCCCCAGGAGCGGAACCUCCCGGAGGGCACCGAGAGGCCCUCCAAGCUCUGCUCCUCACUUCCCGGCCAGGGGCCCCCCGCUUAUGUCUUCAUGUGCCCCCAGGGUUCACCCUCCAGCCCUGCCUCAGGGACACCCACAGGCGCUCCCCGGGCCUUCUCCUACUUGGUGGGACCCCCGGCUGCCCCCCCGGACCCGCCUCGGCCCAAGCGCCGGUCACACAGCCUGAGUCGCCCAGGCCCAGCUGAGGGGGACACGGAGGGGGAGGCCCCGGGGCCAGUGGGCAGUGCCCUCGGCAGCUAUGCCACCCUGACUCGGAGACCAGGGCGCAGCACCCUCACCGGGACACCCCGCAGUCAGUCUUUCGCCCUGCGGGCCCGCCGCAAAGGACCCCCGCCCCCGCCCCCCAAACGCCUCAGCUCUGUCUCCGGACCCACUGCAGAGCCGCCCCCUGCAGACACGGGCUCAGGACCCAAGGAGGGGGCCGGGGGACCCCGAAGGCGGACACUGAGUGAACCGACGGGCCCAUCCGAGCCCCCGGGCCCCCCAGCCCCGGCCGGGCCGGCCUCGGACACGGAGGAGGAGCCAGGCCCCACAGGGACACCCCCAUCCCGGGGCAGCUCCGGGGAAGGGCUGCCGUUUGCGGAGGAGGGGAACCUGACAAUCAAGCAGCGUCCCAAGCCUGCCGGGCCCCCAGCCCGGGAGACCUCCAUGCCCCCAGGCCUGGAUUUCAACCUCACGGAGUCCGACACGGUGAAACGGCGGCCCCGGUGCCGGGAGCGGGAGCCACUGCAGACAGCCUUGGAGGCCUUCGGGGUGGCCAGCGCCAUGCCCAGCCCCGCGGCGUCCGCCCCCACUGUCCCCACACCCCAGCCUGAGCCCAGCAACCCUCCAAGCCAAGGGGCUCCGGGCCCUGCAGCCCCCUCACAGCAGCCCACGCUCCCAGGCCUGGGGCCUGACCCAGAACACACAGUGGAGGCUGCACGGCCCAGAGAGACGGAGCCCCCUGCACCCCCCGCACCCCCUACAGUCCCCACGGCCCUACUCAAAGUGCCCGGAGCAGGAACGGCUCCCAAGCCUGUGUCCGUGGCCUGUACCCAGCUAGCCUUCUCUGGCCCCAAGCUGGCAGCCCGGCUGGGGCCCCGCCCAGUGCCCCCACCCAGGCCGGACAGUGUGGGACCCGUGUGCCCAGGCCGCGCCCAGCAGCGGCUGGAACAGACCAGCACCUCCCUGGCCGCCGCACUCAGGGUCGCCGAGAAGAGCAUCGGCGCAGAGGAGCGAGAAGGCCCACCUGGUACUUCCACCAAGCACAUCCUGGAUGAUAUCAGCACCAUGUUUGAUGCCCUGGCCCACCAACUGGACGCCAUGCUGGACUGAGCCAGAAUGGCAUGGAAGAAGACACCAAGUACAGGCCAGCGGCUGGUCACACUGCAGCUGGGAGGCCACGGAAGGUCCUGUUGGGCAGCAUCCCCGUGGCCUCCCCCCCAGUGUGGCACCUGCUGCUCCCUCCCCUGCCCCCCCCCCCAACUGAGGUGCCUUCCCUGGGCCCGGACAUGUAAAUAAGCCCCCCAAGGCCUGCCUUGUAUAGGGCAGCGGGAUGAACUAAUCUCCCAAGUCCUGACUUUCAACUGUAAAUGUUAUUUUUUAAGCAGAGAGAAAUGCAUAUAUUUUAAAUGGAA